GGUAUUUGUCUAAACAGAUUCACAGCUCUUGCUCAAUUCUUCUAAGAUUAAGAGUACUCCUUCUCAUUGUGGUAGAUAUAAACAGUUUAGUCGGGAACUUGAUCAUUCAGCAUUGCGUCUUGAGAUGGCUGCAUCAUUUUCAUUUGCUACUCAAUCUAUCCUGGGAAACCCGGUGUCCGGUGUACGAACAGAUCAUGUGGAGUAAGCCAGUUUUUCCCGGUCAAGUACGUGCCUCGUCUAGGAAGAAAUGCCGGCGUACAAGUCCGUUGCAUGGCUGAGGAAAAACAGAAGGCAAAGGUGAGCACGAAGUUCUCAGACGUGUUCGCAUUUAGUGGGCCAGCUCCGGAGAGGAUCAAUGGCAGGCUUGCUAUGAUAGGCUUUGUAGCUGCAAUGGCAGUAGAGGUAGCUAAGGGUCAGGAUGUGUCUACACAAAUAUUAGACGGUGGGCUUACAUGGUUCAUAGGUACAAGCGUUGUACUAUCACUGGCAUCUCUAGUUCCUCUAUUCAAAGGAGUGACCGUGGAGUCCGUGUCAGAAGGUUUGAUGACGUCAGAUGCUGAGCUGUGGAACGGGAGGUUCGCAAUGUUGGGUCUGGUUGCUUUGGCCUUCACGGAGUAUGUUAAGGGUGGUGCUCUUGUAUAGGCCUUUUUGCUUUGGCCUUUUCGCAGUAUGUUAACGGUGGCGCUCUUGUAUUGUAAUGUAUAGGCCUUCACAGAGAUUGUAAUAUCAAAAAAAAAAUUUACGUAUUCAAUAAACAAUUAAUAUUUUUCGUUAUAAAAUUAUAUUUGUUAUAA